AUGAUUCCUAUGCUCCCAUUUUCACCACCAACGGGUUAUGUUAAUGCCUACGCUCGAGUUGAUAAAGCGACGAGCGAGUUCUUAAGUUCUCCCGAUUGGAGACUCAAUAUCGCAGUUUGCGACACCAUAAAUUCUAAGCCUUGGCUUGCAAGAGACCAUGUUAGAGCUGUGAGAGGUAGAUUACAACACAGGAAUCCAAAUGUUCAACUACUCGCUUUAACGCUUUUGGAAACGAUCGUGAAGAAUUGUGGCGAACACGUUCAUGUCCAAAUCGCAGAGAGGAAAGUACUUCAAGAGAUGAUCAAGAUUGUUAAGAAAAAGGCUAAUACGCGUGUAAGAGAGCGGAUCUUAGCACUUAUAGAUACUUGGCAAGAAGCGUUUGGUUGUCGCGGAGGAAAAAUGACUGCUCAAUAUUAUCAUGCUUAUGAAGAACUAAGGCGUUAUGGAGUUGACUUUCCCCGCCGGUCACCAAAUACGGCUCCUGUCAUCACACCUCCGGCCACCAAUGGAAACUAUCACGCAGGAGCGAGUUCCUCAAGGCAUGAACCCGUUGAGAACGUGAGUUUGUCAGCUUUGGACUCUAUGAGGAACACUUUGGAUCUCUUAUCUGAAAUGUUGCAAGCAGUCGACCCGAAAGACCGUAAGGCUAUGAAAGAUGAGGUUAUCAUCGAUCUUUAUGACCAAUGUCGAUUGAACCAGAAGAAGUUAGAACAUACACUAUCUUCGACAACUGAUGAGGACAUUCUUCGUCUAGGGAUUCAGUUUAACGAUACCCUACAAUAUAUCAUCGAGAAACAUGAUGCUAUCGCCUCUGGUUCUCCGAUCCCAGUCAAACCACCGAGUUUGUUGACUCAUCAGCCUCGGGGCAAACAGAUCGAUAGUAAAGGAGUCAACCCGGAAUCAAGUGUUGCAGCUUUGGCAAGAAUAAGCAAUGAAAUAGUCGAAGAGCCAGACAAUCUAGCUAGUAGGCGUAACGAAAUGCAAACCGGCAAGGUGGUUAUGGCUCCCGAAAGUGAGAAAAAGCCCGUAACGGAUCCAUCAUUGGUUAUGGCUCUAGUUCCAUCAGACCCGCUACCAGCGGCCAAUAAGAACACUAUAGAAGGAGACUUGAUUGACCUUUUUAGCCUUCCAUUGACUCCAACAACACCUUCCACAUCAAACCCGUAUAACCAAACACCAACCGGUCCAACCAUUAUGGAAAACCAACCACCGGUUCAACAAAUGAACAGCUACGCGGUGCCAUGGGCCCAGACUCGACCACAACUAGAAUACGAACCGCAGCCACCAGUUCAAACCAUCGAACAACAACCCAACUACAUUCCACCACCAUGGGCACCAACUCCUGGCUAUUAUUGUAACCCGUACGCUUCCGGUUAUUCAACCUCGUCGUAUUAUAACAACGGUUCUUCAACUGGUGCGGGUUUGAACCCGUAUAUUCCUUCGUAUAGACUGUUUGAAGAUCUUAACGUUCUUGGUAAUGUGAGAACAGGCGACACACCAGGGACUUCCGGGCCGUGUAUGCUAGGUGGCCGGAAGUGA